AUGAGACCCGGAAGGUUGUCUGAUUUAUUGCCACUUCCUUACCCAAAUGAGGAAGCGGCCAAGGCGGCCAAUUUCGGUGCGUAUCCACCAGAUCUGACCUACAUCAUUUGCGCUAGAAGAAACGGUAGAAAUUACUUAUUUUCUUUGUUGACGGGUUGGAGGGAACCGCCAGCAGGUAUAUUUUUAAGCGACCAGCAAUAUUUUAAUAUCUACUUCCCUGGAAACGUAAUGAGUAUGGCGCAGAUGCUAAGUACAGGAGUGGUGGAAUAUGAUGAUGGCACUCCAUCGACGAUAUCGCAAAUGGCAAAGGACAUAGUUGAGUUUUUAAGCUGGACAUCUUCGCAAGAAUUUGAUGUACGAAAACGGAUGUUUAUCAAGGCAGUGGGAAUCUGUAUUUUAUUAUUAGCUUCGUUUUUUUCUUUACAAAAUACUGUCGUGAAUUCAGUGAUCUUUGCAAUAUUCUGGUGGAUCUUCACUACAACUGGGAAUAUUAUUCAGAACAAUGACAUCUGUGGAUCUUAUAAUGGCAGACGUCUGUAUCUGGAGUUAGGCGAGAAAAGCAUUCUCUACGCAAAGAACGUCGCCUUCGUCAGAAAUUUAUCAAGGCAAUUGGUGCCGCAUCUUUUCUCUACGAUGAUUAACAGUUCACAUCAUCAUUGCAGUCUUGAACUAGUGACUUGUCCGUCCUGCAUGAUAGUUCUCACUUUCAAGAAUAUUGCGCUUCCACAUCACUGUGGUGACGGUGGAAUCCUCACGGACAGCCCAUGCAGAUGUGACUACGUAUGGCUUUCGGAACCACCCUACGAAGAGGUUUCCGGUUCACCUUUCUGUGGAUUGUACGCACCGAUCACGUAUAGAUCGAGCACAAGAACUCUGUCUAUAACUCUACUUUACAGCCAGUCUCACAAGCACGCAUUUACCAUCGAAUGUACAGCAGAAAGAAAUAGAUUGCAUCUGAAAGGGACAGAAAUGACAUCAAGAGCAUCGACAAAGAAUUUAAAUAGUACUGGCGAGGGUAUUUUGAUGUCGCCAUUUUUUCCGGCUCGAUAUCCUCGUGACUUGAGCUUGGAAUAUAUCAUAACGUGCCCCAAUGAAGCCCCUUCCUGUCGUAUCAGAUUGUUGUUUAGCGACUUUCAAUUAGCGACGGUCUCCAUAAUGGAGUUUUAUGAUUGGAAUGGACAACGUUUAGACGUGAGUAGUGGAGCCCGAUUUCGCCCUCCGAUCAUAGUGAGCUCUGGUUCAUCAUUACUGAUAAGAUUCUAUGCGAAUGGCGGUACAGGUCUUGGUUACAAGGCCUUUUACUCCUUCAUUAUCGGACAUACAUAUGACAAAUCUGUACAGCCGAUCACCGACUGCGGUGGAUAUGUGGAAAAUUUAGGCGGCGCUAUUACGAUGAUAAACAUGGUCGGUCGAGGAGUGAAGAUCUAUGAUUGCGUUUGGCUAAUCAGACCACCUAAGAACUUCUUGCAUAUGAAGACGCAUAUGUAUCUGAAGGUAGUGAGUUUCGCUGGCAUGGCCGGCAACACGGAGUUAAUCAUCAAGGAGGGUCCAACUUCGGCUCUGAUGUCACUGGAAGUUAUUCGACAUCCAGCGAAUCAAUUACGAUCGCUAAUACACAGGGAACACAUAGCACCGAUCAUCAACGGAUUCCAUGUGAGUCUUCGUGGUACAUUCAAUCCAAGUUCUCACUUGGCAAUUGCGUAUGCAGCCUUCAGUUACAUAGAGGAUUGCUUUGCGGGCACCGAUUUUCUGUGUCAGAAUCACAGGUGUAUUUCAAGCAAGCUGAAUUGUGACGGUUUUGAUCAUUGCGGUGACAACAGCGAUGAACCAACGACGUGUUUUCAAAAUUGGGAGAUGAAACCGCGCGAUCAUAAGUGGCACAUGAACAAAGCGAAUUAUUAUUUUCCGAAGAUCGAUCGAUAUCCAGAUUUGAAAACUGCCACUUUGGUAUUCGUUGCUAGUAGCCUUGGCUUAAUCAUUCUAAUAUUGGCUCUCAUUAUACUGCUAUACAGAAUUGGAGCCAGAGCCAGACAACAAAGAGAACUACAGUCUCGUUUAGAAACAAUCAGCGAACUUUUAGACGGUGCACGAAUUGAUGAAAUAUCUAUUCCGGAUGAUCCUCCUGGCUAUGAGGCUCCGCCAGAUUAUGAAGAAGUCGCAAAGCUUGCUUUGUCGAAGAAAGCUCAAUGCUUAAAACGCGACAGAAUUUUCAACAGAAGCUCUUCAAAUCAGUACGAAGAUGCUAAUUCUUCUACUUAUUUGAUCGUGGAGAGCGCGAGCAACGAUCGUAGCAACCAAACGACUCCAAUAUCUUCGGAAAACAGUCGAUGUGCACAGUGUAUACCAGAAAGUCCACCGCCUCCGUAUAUCACACCACCAGGAACUAUAUUGAGAAGCAUAGCUAAUUUGUCAACGUCAAUGAAACAAAUUUGUCCUAUUCGACUCCGAUGCAGCGUGCAAUGUCCUCAGACCUCCUUUGGCGAUCGUCCACCUCCUAGUGAUCCAUCCUUAUUCAUGAACACUGAGACUCUUGAUACAUAUCAGACAGAUUGUAUCGCUUCGGGUACGAAUCAACAAGAAGAUCCCCCAAAUGAUCUAAUCGUGCGUGAAGAUGUCGAAGAAGAUACUACAGUACUGCAAGAGAAUAACGGACAUGUUUCAGAAGAAGAUUGUGAAGAGCUCGUUGAUAAGGUUGACAAUUUGGAUGGGAAGAAUACUAAUUGCUCUUGUGAGGGCGCGUGUGGCUGUGCUAUUAGCUGUUCCAACCUGCAAGAUCUAUUAGUUGGUAAUCUAUCAACUUCUGUGAUAAACGAAAAUUGUCAGAUGUCGGAGUCAGAACGCGAUCAAAUAGCAAUCGUGUCUUCUCUCGUAAGGAAAAUCGACGAGCAUCAAGAGGAAGAUUUUUUUGUUUCAAAAAGUGCUAUUGUCAAACAUUUAGGUUCCAAACUGUCGAAACCAUUUUAUCAUAGCACCAAUUUAACAGCCACUUUGUCGCCUUGCGACACUUUGUAUUGUUCCUCCAAAAAGUUCUCCUAUGGUAGUUGCAUUAAUACGAUCUCAACGAUUAACAACUGUUGUGAUAAGCUGCAAGACAAUUUUGAAAUGGUGUCGGAAGCAACUAGCAGCGUCGAAUGUAUCAGUCCUAGAACAAUAGCAAACACACCGAAUGACACACCAAAGAGCAUAUCUUGUAUCACUCAAAACCAUCGAUUACAUAGUAAUCGGCAACACUCUAGCUGCAAUAUAGAUAGUUUGUAUGAAGGCAUCAAGAUCCUCGACUCGUAUUUAGCACGCAAAAACUUCAACAUCAACCAUGAACACCGACAUUCGGUCACCGUGAUAUUAUUCGGCACACCAAAGCAUAGACCAACGCGCAAUCUAAUCGCAUCGUCGGAACAAACAAGAAGAGAAAGGUACAUACGCACUCGUACUUGGCGCUCCAACGAAGAUGUCCCAUCAAAUUAA